UCAGUUGAAAACAAGUCGCCGUGACGUACGGACGUGUGUGCAAUCGUGUUAUAUAUUUUUAAAAGUUUCUUUGUGCUGUUUUUAUGCGAUCGAGGACAUUUGAUAGUUUGAGGUAAACAAAACAAGAGAAUGUGCGAGUGUUAAAACAUCACUAAAAUGGCACUCAAAGACAAAUUAACUAUAGUGUUGGUGAUAUUUAGUGUAUUAAGUGUAACCCUAAGUGAUCAAGUCGAGAACUAUGCUUUAGACAGUGACGUCACAGAACGAAACAAAACACAACUGGACAGCGAAUCCGAAGAGAAAUUCAAAACAAACGAAGACAGUACCGAAACCAUUCAAAAAAACAACUCCAAAAUAGACAUAGAAGCUGAAUACGAAAUAGACACGUCAGAAGUAAAUAUAACAGAAACAACAACAGUAGUUUUAGACAUUCCGGAAGCAUUAGGUCUUAAGACAUUUGCGAAUGUAGACUAUGAAUACAGUCAGCCAAAUAAAAAUGUAGAUGACAAAAUAGAUGGAUUAACUGAUGCUGAUGUCGCUGACGUCACAGAGGCAAGUUCGUUGUCCACAAUAGACAAUAAUAUUUAUAAAUACAAAGACAUUGUGCCCGAGGACAUGUAUUCGAGUCACAGCGGCCGAGAAGAUGAAGUGACAGAAACCACAUUAAGCGCGACUACCAAAGGCUUUGACGAGACCAUCGCUGAUGAGAACCAACUCAGCAGCCCGGGGCAGAGGAUACCAAAGACUGACAAUUCUGAAGCCAAGCAAACAAUUGACAAGCGUAACGACAACGCAAAACCACGUACCCUCCACACAAGCAAGAGUUCCACACUCAGGUCCUGGUUAGAAGACACCUGGUUACGACCGCCUGCCGGUGUCCUUGUACCAUUAAGACCGAGGGCGUUGCAACGAGCACUAGAUGUCUGGAAAGAUCUGACAGCGGAUGGCUCAUUGAAGAUGACAGACAUUGUUAUCGUCGGAUUCGAUUCGAAAGGCAUCAGUUGGAGAUCCCGUCACAACCUGCAGGCAAGCGGGACAUCUGACGACAAAACAGUCUCUGAUGCCAUUGCUAAACUAAUCGUCAAAUAUCAGGGCGUACGAUCAGAAUCAGCUAGUGACGGGACACUACGCGCACUGGCAUCUGCAGCCAAACUGGUGCCAUACGACAGUGCACUCUUCCUCAUCACCGACAAAGAAGUGGGAGAUCCAUUAAAGCUUCCUCUAGCAUUGAGAGCAUUGGUGGAGAAGAGAUUGAAGGUUUAUACAAUUUGGACAGACCCACAUUAUCCAUCCAUAGAGUCGGAGCUGGCUCUUGUUGAAUUGAGGAAUAUCUCCACACACACUGGAGCAGAAGUAUUACCUUAUUCUUUACAAGCUACGGAGUUAGAGAACGGUAUACCACCCGUAGCUGAAUUGCAGCAAUGGGAGCCACUAGCCGAGGCACAAUUGGGACCGAGACGAGCCAGACUACGUCAGAUCGAAGAGGACAGUUUUGAUACGCUGUUAGUCUGGAGAGGUGGGGGUGAGGCUAUCUCUCUCGGUAUACCUGUGGAGGCUGGCGUCACUGCUUUAAGGAUCCUGAUAGAAGGGGACGUGGAUCAUGCCGCUCUCUUCCCACCUAAUGAGGCACCUCAAGUGGACCUGUUCAACGAGACAUCAGUCAAGCAGUUCUCAUCAUCAUCCAGAACAGACGGACUAAUCCCCAGGGAUGUCUACUUAGCGUUCCCUGGAGCACCACAAAUAGACAUAUUGUCAGUCGUGCCGGUGACGCCGACCAUAGCGGACGCGUCUAACGACUUGGUAGGCGUGUGGCAUCUCAGCGUGCGUUGCGACAGCUGCGAUUAUAGACUGAGCGUCUUCGCAAGAGCCAGAGUACAUUUCAGAGCUGAGGUUAACGAAGAGUCGCUGAACCUUCGCGUCAUAGGUCCUGUAGCGAGCAUCCGAGAGUCAUCAUUGGUCGACGAAUACGGCACUGAAUUGUCUAAACUACCGUUCAGCUACCCUGCUUCAUCAAACACCGACCCUGCGCACACAAACCUCGUAACUGAGAUAGAAGAGGAGGUACCUUUACCCAAAAUCAAAGUAUCACGUGUCUACGCCAAGAUACUAGGAAGGAAUGUACAAGGGGAUCCCUUCAUGAGGUUCUCAGGACCUAUAGACCAGGAGAUAGAAGUAAGAAACGGCAGAUCUGCAGUCAUCUUCCCAAAUUCCAACAAUGAUUUACAGGGGGCAGAAGAAGAAAAUAUAUACAUGCAUAAAAUGCGUGUAAACGAGACAAACGCAAUGCCGUAUGGUCGGACUUCUCGGGUAGUACAACAAGGUACACUUGUGACAGCGCUAAUGAUUGGACUGGGGUCAAGAUUGUACGGUUCACCGGGGGACAAUCUUCAGUUACACUUCGAAGUGAGCAACUACAGGGAACAAGCUGUAAGAUUCAGUUUUGGGGCAACCGGAGAACUAAGAUUCCUUAGAAGCAUUGAACCUUCUUCACAAACAAUACAGCCAGGACAGACCCUAAAUGUGAUAGUAAACCUCAUCAUCUCGACAGCAGCGCAGCCAGGAGUCAGGGAUUUCAUCACAUUCACUGCAUAUGGUUUGGAUCAAAUAUCUAUCUCCGCGUACGUCUACGUAGUCAGUCCUAAUGAGAGCCAAGUGGACACAUGGGCACCAGAAGUGAGACACAGCUAUCAAGGACAUUGUCUUGGAAGGAUGGGCAGCGAUUGUGCGGAGUACACUUGGUCUGCUACAAUAUACGCUAGAGAUAGCGGAGGUCUACUGCGGAUCACAUCAACACCUCUAGGUCUCACCUCAGCACAGGACAGUACCUUCAUAUCUGGCACUAGAGAGGAAGUGGUCACCGUGUACAGAUCGAACUGCUGCAGUACGAGGGUCGUUGUCAACGCUAUUGAUAUCUUCGGCAACACUAAUAGCUACACAAUGGAUAUAUCCAAUUACAUCACUGAUGCGGGGAUAGCUGCCAUAGUCCUCGGAGUGUUACUAAUUAUAGCACUGAUAGCUAUUGUCAUAUUCCUCAUAACUUGGUGCGUUAGGAAACGUAAAUCAUCAAGAGAACUACCUUCUUAUACCACUAGGAAUACUUAAAUGCACUUGAAUAUGUAACACAUUGAUUUUAAUUCACCACUUGAUUGAAGAAAAUAAAAAGCCUACUGUACAGUCAGCUACACAAAUAUGUAUUUAUUUAUUAAUUUUAUGUAGAUACUUUUGGUAUAAAAAAUUGUAAGCAUCCAUAACAUGUAAUUGUGGUAGAAGGUAUAUUCAUAUGAAUACAUAUUUAAAACUGAAUUCGUAAGUGAUUUUUGCACUUUACUUACAUAUUUAUUCAGCUGACUGUACUAAACAUUGCAUUUUAAAAUCUAUCAUAACUGAAUGCACAUAUAAAUCUUUGAUAUAUUUUAACUAUCGAAGAUAUAGAAAAAACGCUCUCCCACUGAUCUAUAUAAAUGGAUUUCAUAUCCCCAUAUUCAUACCCCCUACCUUUUUUUUUAACGUGGGGAAAUGCCUAACACAUACCACCCUUGCAGGGACAAGGGUGGUUAUAUCGGAUUUGCGCCGACUAAAACCCCACGGUGGCCUCCAACUGCCAUAAUAAGGAGCCGCGGGAUCUCCAAAUACCACAUAUCAUAUCCUCUACCAUAUCCUACUCCCGUCUCAUCCAAUCUCAUCCUCCAAAUAACUCUAUCAUAUGUCAUCUCAGUCAUCACUCCCUUCACACUUCACACCAUCCAUCUCUUUCUAUGUCUACCUCUACCAGUGUACCACAUUCAUAACUAACAUCCUUCUUGUUACAUAAAAUUAAUUCUCUGUUAUUACUUCCACUUCUCACUACACCGAUAGCGAAAACCAAAUAGACACAAAAUACCAUGUUCUUCCACUUAUAGAGGUCAGUGGAAGCACUUUUUUAAAUCAAUGUGUUAAUUAUCCAUAAAAGGGAUUAAAAAUGUAAUAAAAUAGUAUUAUUUAAGUAUGUGAUAAAUAUUUUUUUUAAUACUGGCAGCAUAAUAACUAUAGCCAUAAUAAGAAAAAAAUUACAUAUAAGCGUAAUAAUUAAAAGUAUUAUUAAA